AUGUACAGGACAAAAGUGAAUGCUGCUUUCCUUUGUAACUAUGAAGUGAUGCAGAUCUUGCAACAGCUCAAAGACAGCACACAGAAAAAACACAAACGUGAAGGAUCACUUGCUACAGUCACCUAUGAGACCGUACAUUACCUACAAGAUACAGACUGUAAAAAGCAAAAUCCAGCUUCUAUAAAGAAGUUUCUAGAUGGUUUGAAGAACUUGAAGUUAACAAAGACUGAGAAACUUAUGAUGGUCAACACUCCUCCCAGAACAGAACUGGAGAUUCAACUGAUUGCCCAAGAAAGUGAAGAGCGUUUGUCAGAAGAAGAUGUCCGUAAAAUAAUUAAGCUAGCCAAUGAAUGUCUGCCUGCAAAUGACUCCUGA